ACAACAAUACACUUAUUUGUAGAAUAGGUUUGUGAUAAACACUAAAAGAACGUUAGUUCUCAGCAGAAUGUCAGACGAAGAUAUCGAGAAAUGGAUGAAAGAUGGCCGCAACAAAGAUUUCCAGGUGUCAACGAGUUGCUCGAGCUUCGAGGUGCUGGACCCGCACGACCCGGUGAUCAGCCGCCUCGCCACGCAGCUCUUUCGGCGCACCAACGACUACCUACAGGGCGAGAUGUCUGCGGGGCAGGACCACUACAACCUGGUGGAGCAGAUCAAUCGACUCACAAUAACCAAGUACGCAGACCUCCGGAGCCUGGCGGUGAACCUGAGCAAAACACUCAGCGAGUAUAAUGAAAUGUACAACACCCAGAUCCGCCCAGUGCUACAGCAGAUAGACGCCAUCGACGCGCAGGUAUCCAGGUUCGAGGCCAGCGCGUACCGCCUCGACGCUUACACCAAACACCUCAAACAGCGCUUCAAGGAACUCGAGGACAAGUAGCCAGAACAAGACCUCCACUGAUGAGCAGAUGCCAGGCGGAUGUAGCAAGCGAGCUAGUCUAAUUGCUAAUGUGCCGUCGGAAAGUUUCCAAAAAGUCGAAAUUUUCACAUUGUCAUGUUUCCGUAUCCGUAUCCUGGAGAUGUAAAUUUUACGCUUCCAAAUAAAAGUUUCCUAUGAAAUUAUCUUGAUAUUUCCGAGAACUUUUCCAACUUUUUUUAAAAAUUUCGGCAUCUUGCACAUUCUAUGCGCAAUAAGUCUAACUAGGUGUGUUGCUCUUGAAACAGAAGACUAUUUCCAGCUCUCCGCCCGGAACAAACACCGCACUAUGAAGCGUUUAUGAAGAGUGACGUCACGGACGGUAACACACACUGUUACGCUCGCGCUAUUUUAUAUAAUUAAUUAGUAUUCGGUACAGUUACCCGUAACCGUCGUUAUCGUUGUGUGUGUCGGCGCCGUCUAAAGUCGUGUGAGUGAGCGCAGCUUGCCGCGCGCUUGUGAUAGUGCGUUGAUAGCACAUUUAUUAGUGUGUAUUACGGAGUGACAUUUUUGCGCUGGUGGGUAGGUGGAUAAACAAUAUAAACAGCUGUUUGAAAAAAACUCUCUUUAUUUUUUUAAUAACUUAAUAAUACGUACCUAAUACACACUCACAAAUAUUACCUAAAUACAGUGACAAUAAUAAGAGAUUUAGAUUUAUUUAGAGACCAACAAUUUUUAUAUUAAAAUCAGUGACUCGGACUGAUAUAAGCGCCAUCUAGCGAUAAUCGCUGAAACUCCUUAUAUAUCCCGUUACGAUCGCAACAUAGACUCCGCAAUGGGAAAGUGCGUGACAUGCGGACGCUACCUGUCCCCGAAAGGUGCCGCCACUUGCGCACUCUGUCAUGGGGUGUUCCAUCGGAGCUGUGAGGGCUUGGAGUUAACCGAGAAUGUAGCUGUCCCGAAAAACUGGCUUUGCAAAGAUUGCCAUAAAAAGCAGAGCGGGCACGGCUGUACUCCUUCAAAAGGCGACGUAGGGACAAGGGACACAUCUUUGCUGACCGCUGCGC